AUGUCAAGUUCGACUAGAGAAGAUGAUAGUAAUGAUGAAUUUGAAAGUGCAGAUGAAGGUGAACCAAUAUCUCCUCCUAUAACUAAACCUCCAACUCCACCUCUUUCAUCUGAUCCCAUACUAUCAUCUACGAAUGAAAAUCCAGAUCAAUCAAUAUCACAUAAAUCACCUGUAACUGAUGGUUGGGAUGACUGGAAUAUAGAUGAUGAACAACCAAAUGAAACUCCAAUAAAAACUUCCAAAUCAUUACAACAAGAUUCUAUAUCAUCAGGAUCAUCAUCACCUUCAAAAACAGGUGAUAGUUUAUCACAAAUUGGUUCCGAUGAAGAUGAUCAAUCACAAUCGUCUAUUCAACAAUAUAUACAACGAAAAAAAUAUCGUAAAAAACAAAAUGAUUUAAAUUUAAAUUUAAAUAAAGAAGAUAAUAAACAAAAUACACAAUUAUCUCAUUCAAUUCAACGACAUGAUGAAGAAACAUCAUCAUCGACAACAACAACAACUAAACAUGAUGUUAAAGAUGCACAUCAGAUUUUAGAUCAACUUGCUGCUCAAUCACCAAAACAUACAUCAACUUGGCAUAAUCCAUGGAGUAAUUUUGGAUCAUUCUUAUCAACAGCUAAACAAAGUGUUUCAACAUUAACAAAUACUGUUAGUGAAGGUUUAAAUGCAGUUAUUGAAUCAGUUGAAGCUGGUCUUGGUGCACCUGAUCCUCAACAAUUAGCAGAAAUGAAUCGAAUGGCAUUUAAAAUUAAAGGCGAAACAUCAGACAGUGAAGAUGAACCUGAAGCAUCAAAUAUUCAGACAGAAAGAAAUGAUUCAGUUACAAAUCAAGAUGGUUGGCUUAAUGCAUUAAGCUUGGAAAAAUUAACGAAUACUGGUAUGAAGGUUGUUGCCGGUAGCCUUGAUGUUCUUGAAACUGUUGGUAAAAAAACAUUUGAUGUGAUUAAUGAAGCUGAUCCUGCACUACAAGGAACACGACGUUUAUUAAGAAAACAAAAUCAACCGACAUUAUCUGAAGUUAGUAUCUCAUUCAAAGAAAGGACAAGUGGUGGUAAGGCCAUUUUUUUCGCCCCCAAUAUUUUGCAAAAAUAA